AUGCCGCUCUCACUCGACGAGCUGUCUGCACGCUUCACACGUCAGGUGGCGCUCGGCACGGCGGAUGACAUAGGCGCGGCGCUGCGCGAGCACGUCGUGUCGCAGCAGAGCACCAUCGACAAGCAAGAGCGCAUCAUCGAGGCGCAGGAUGCCAUCAUCGCUCAGCACAAGGCCGAUGCCGUCAAGCAGGACGAUCUCAUUGCUCAGCAAGAGGCCCACGGAAUCAGAGCAGAGCGCCUUAUCGCCAAAUAUAAGGCUCACGCCGAGAAAGCAGACGGCCUCUCCGCUCAGUACAUGGCCCACGCCGACGAAGCAGACGGCCUCCUCGCUCAGUGCCAGGCCAACGAUGCCACAACUGAUCGCAUCAUCGCUCAGUACGAGGCCAGCACCGCCACAGCAAACCGCAUCAUCGCUUGGGACGAGGCCGAAGCCGAAAAGCAGCAAAGCGUCAUCGACGAGCAGAAGCGCACCAUCGACGAGCUCCGCCAGACGAUCGCUACGCUGCAAGCUGCUGAAGGCCGCGGCCACGUCGAGCCACAGCAAGUUGCACGCACCCCAGUCGACCGCACCGCAGCCAGCGCGCUCGCGCCAGCAACGGCCUCGGGCAGCGGAGCUCAAGAGCAGGCCGAAGAUUGA